GUUGUUAUUUGAGAAUUUAAUUGUUUGGUUGCAAAACAAAAUUCAAAGUUGAAGAAUGGAACGGCGCAUAUUUUUGAUAUCAAUUUGUUUGAUUUUUUCUACAAAAUAUUCUGUAAAUGGAGAAAAAAAGGUGGCAAGUAUCGAUGCAAGCGAUAUUAAAGAAUUUCGUGCAAAAUAUUAUGUAGAGCCCGUCAACGAUUUGAGCGAUUUGAAUGAAACAUCGAUUGAUGUAAUUGGUGUAUUUGAGAAAAUUAAAGAAUUGGAAAAGAGAGGUUUUGAUAUGUUGAAUUUGGUACCAGACAAUGGUGCUACAUGCUCCAUUCAAGUCAAAUACUACAUCUCAACCAUCAUUGAACGUGCCAAAGAACAAAUCGAUUAUUGCGUUGAAAAACAUUUGAACAUAGAUAAUCGCUUAGAAUUAAAUACCGACCAGAAGAGUUGCACAUUGGAAAUAUUGGACUCGGCACAAAAACAAAUCGAUGAUAUGUCGAAGAUAGUUGACGACUGUAGAUUUGUUGUUUGAAAAUCACACUGCAUGUGAGAAAAUAUGAAGAUUUCAAUAUGAUUUGAAUCUUCUCGGAAAUUGUCAAAUACCAAUCAAAAUAAUUUUUCAACGUUGACAUCCGACUUUAUAAAUAAAUGAACCGUUAAAAAUAAUUUCUUGAAAGAAAAUAUAA